GUAAGCGGCAAGGAGGGAGAGGAAAGGAAGCCGGACACAAAAACACUACUACAGUAGCAUUUUCGUUAUUUUCCCGCCUGGACCAACAUUUUCCCGCCCCGACCACCCCAAAACCCUAACCCCCCCCCCCACCCCCAAGCCCCCCAAAUCAUGGGAACCAAACAUCAGUCCUCCUCCGAUCCGAUUUCCGACCCCAAGAAGAAACGACGGGUUGGAUUCUCCAAAAUCGAUGCUGGUGUUGAAGCCAACGAGUGCAUCAAAAUAUAUCUUGUCUCUAGCAAAGAAGAAGUGGGUUCUCCAGACAGUUUCUGUAUAAAACCGGUUGACUUGAAUCACUUCUUUGAAGAGGAUGGGAAGAUUUAUGGUUAUCAAAAUUUGAAGAUUACCAUAUGGGUUAGCAGCAUAUCAUUUCAUGCAUAUGCUGAUAUUUCUUUUGAGAGCACAUCAGAUGGAGGCAAGGGGAUCACAGAUCUCAAAGCUGCUCUUCAGAAUGUUUUUGCUGAAAAUCUUGUUGAGAAAAAAGAUGAGUUCCUAGAUAAAUUUUCAAGUGAUCGCCGAUAUGUUAAAUCUGUUAUCUCGACCGUGGCGGCACUGAAAUUAACAGCUGCCAAUGGACACAAUGGUGAUUCUAAAUUCGACCCUAAAGAAGACACUGCAGAUUUGGAGGUGUUCCGCAUUGUUGGUGAACCUGUGGGGCACCUUUACAGUCGCCUAGUGCCAUUCAUACUUCUUCUCAUAGAUGGUAGCAAUCCCAUUGAUGUUACUGAUCCCAGAUGGGAAAUAUACGUAUUGGUUGAGAAAGCAAUUGCUCAUCAGGAGGAUAGUCAUCCUAAUUUGCUUGGGUUUGCAGCUGUUUAUCGUUUCUAUCGAUAUCCAGAUAGCAUGCGCUUGCGUCUUGGACAGAUAUUGGUAUUACCACCUUAUCAGCGCAAAGGUUAUGGUGGUAGCCUCCUCAAGGUGCUUAACAACGUGGCAGUAUCUGAAGAUGUUUAUGACCUGACUGUCGAAGAGCCAGAAGACUCCCUUCAACAUGUUCGGACAUUGAUUGAUGUGCAACGCCUGUUUGUUUUCGGUCCAAUCCAGGCUGCCCUUAAUUCUGUUGUGGCACGUCUAAAACAAGAAAACUUUUCGAAGAAAGUUCACUCCUGCCAAUGUGGUCCACCUUUGAGUGCUGUUGAAGAUGUGAGGAAGAGUUUGAAAAUCAAUAGAAGACAAUUUUUGCAGUGCUGGGAGGUUCUCCUCUAUCUUGGCCUAGAUCCGAUUGAGAAGUACCUGGAGACUUAUCGUACAAUUGUUUCAUCUAGAAUAAAGGCAGAUGUGAUCGGUAAAGAUUCUGAAGGCGUUGGGAAACGGGUUAUUGAUGUGCCAACUGAAUAUGAUCAAGAAGCAUCAUUUGUUAUGUAUAAGUCACUGAAUGGUGAUGCAACAAACAGGGAGAUGGCUGAGAACCGGAGUAAUCAAGAGGAACAGCUGCGGCAACUGGUGGAUGAAAGGAUGAAAGAAAUAAAGUUAAUUGCAGAGAAAGUAUCAUCCUUGAAGCAUAGAUGAGGAGCAGUCCUGUUGUACCUGUCGUUCAAGCUAUGAUUUAUCAAAUAUCUGGAGCCCUGAGAUUUUCGUCACACGGUUCGUUGUGGGUACAUAACUACAUAGAUUUGAGUGCCGUGCUGUCUUCAAAUGAACGUGACCUGUACCUGUGCCAAAAUUAGAUUAGUUUACAAUUAGGAUGUUAAGAUUAGUGCUGCAGCACCUGCUGUCUUCUGUACUUUCUGAUAUUUGAUCCAGGUGAAAAAUGUUAUUCAGCAUCUAAUUUGGCACUCAUGACAUCAUAUCCAAGUUUUAUUAGUGAGACAUUUCACUUGGAAAAACAAAUGUGUUUCGAGUUUGUAUAUGCCAAAUUAGCUAAUCAAGCACAGAAUGGCAUGGGCCCGCAACUAAUUGUAGUCUGGUUGCUAUCU